AUGUCCUCCUUGGAGAACAAUUAUCGCCUUGCACAACGCUGUCGCUGCGACUUAGUCAACGAAAGGGAACUCCAGAAACUAUAUCUUGAACAGGCCGAGUCUUCGGACGGUCUAUGGCACGGCCCAGUACCGCUCGCCGAGUGGCAGGAACGUUUCUUGCCCGCGACAGGAACGACCUCCCCGGCAAUCGACUUCAGCGCCGUUCACGCCAUUCCCGACCCACCCUCCAUCGCGAACUGUCUCUACGACAGCGCGAUAUGUUCCACGGUCUUUCCCCGUGCCACACACUCUGUACACGGGCAGGAUCACACAACUGGCACCUUCCUCUCCCCCGACAUCUCUAUCCUCGCCCAGAAGCUCGAUAUCGAUCACGACAGUCGCCGCUUGCGCGAUGAACUGCUGGGGUCGACUCUCGCGUUCGGCGAGAUCACGUCCGAGGACCGCGACCCUUGCGCGUUCGCGGACGGACGACCCGACUCGAAGGAAGCGGCGUCCGUGCGAGGUCGGCUACUAGCAAUUAUGCGUGCUGUGGCCGUCAACUCGCACCGCACGUUUUGCUACGCAUUCGUCGUCAUGCCCAAAUACGCGCGUCUACUUCGCUUCGACCACAGCGGCAUUACCUUCACCGAACUGUUCCCAUGGCGCACCUCUGGCGACCUCGCGGACUUUCUCUACCGCUUCGAUAACAUGAACGACGCUGAGCGCGGGCUGGAUACGUCCGUGACUACGAUUCCUUCCGCCUCGCAGGAGGCACGGCAGGCGAAGGGAAUACUGGCCAAGUCGGACGCUCUACCACAGGGUAUCUCGAAGACUUCUGUCAUUCCCAAGAACUACCGUGGCCCUCUUUCGCUCAUGCGGGUCUACGAUGACGAGAGCAUGACCUUCCAUCGCGUCGUUGUUCACCGUGCGAUCAAGGCUGCUGAACAUUAUCUCGGGCGGUCGACGCGAGGAUUCUACGGCGUGGACCUGGAUGAAGGAGCUGUCGUCUAUGUCAAAGACGCGUGGCGUAUCGUGUCGACUGGUUCUGUCCCGGAGGCAGCGACGUACAGGAGACUGGAAGCGCACAACGUACCCCACCUCCCUGGCUUCUACCAUGGCGGCGACGUGCCCACAUGUGCACCCGCGUCGCCUUCAUCGUACAGCACUUCACCUGUGACCGUUCAGAAGCAAAAGACCACAGUGCAUGACGCGAACGCCACUGUCUAUACACACCAUCGGCUUCUGUUCAAGACCAUCGGGCGCCCUUUAAAAACUUUCCACAGUACGCACCAGCUGUGCACGGCCUUAUCUCACGCACUUGAAUCGCAUGCUGCUGCGUACCAACACGCAAAGGUUCUACAUCGCGACGUGAGUGGCGGCAACGUUCUCAUCGACAAGGACGGGCGUGGCAUCCUCAUCGACUGGGAUAUGUGUGUCUGGUGUGAGGAUACAAGUGAGAUGGAGCGUAUAGGACAGCCAAUAGGCACUUGGCCAUUCAUAUCCGCCGACUUACUCAUGGCGCGCGAUCCGCGGGCACACCUCCUUCGUGACGACCUGGAGUCAUUUCUGCAUGUGCUCUUCUAUCACGUCUUGCGCUAUCGACCCAUGUACCCGGAAGGCAGCGACGAUCGGUCGAUCCUCAUCGACAGCUUGAAGGAGGUCUUUGACGGCGCUCGGUGGCGCGUUCCCAAUGGAAGGGUCGUCGGUGGCAAGGCCAAGGCGAGCUUUUUGGCCGGUACCACCUACUUUGCCUGCGGCGAGUUGCGCGCGCACAUACGCCCUAGCCCAUUAUUAGGGCUACUAGAAGAUCUACGCGACGCGUUUGAACCGCUGUAUUCAAGCAAGCCGGACCUCUCCCUGUACCAACCGGACGACGAAGAAUACGCCGCCAUCUUAGAGGAGCUGCAGGAACAUCAAAUCUCGUAUUCCGCCGCUCUUGAGAGGUUCCGGUCAUCAGAGCAUAUGCUGUCAAUGUUCCAGUACUGGACUCAAGACUGCACCAGCGACGGCUACGAGUGGCUAUCAGAUGAUGGCGCCGACGACAUUUACAUGCCUCGCUCCGUACCGUCACUGCUGUCGAGCGUAUCUCGCAGUAGCCGCAAACGUUCUGUGCCCCAAAAUGCCCCGACUUCGGCCUCUAAGCUGCCGCGACUCAGAUCGUCAAGAACUAGCUCAAUCGGGGCAGCUGGACGCGACAGGGGACGCGAAGAACCGUGA